AUGUCAGAAGACGAUUAUGAACUGGAUGCUUAUCAACUGUAUCUUAAAUAUGAAGAGAGUCCGCCAAAAGAAGAUUGGAGAAAAGUGGCGCUUCGAGGACCGGCGUUACCAACCAUAGGGAAUGCUGUUGCUGGUGCCGUUGGCGCUGCAGCGUCGAACCUUGCCACUUAUCCGUUAAGCCUUAUCAUUGCGAGAUUGCAAACCCAGAAGCGACGGGGACGGAGAGCAAGCGAUGAACAGAAACACGAAGAUGGUGAUGAGUAUGCUGGGAUAGUGGAUGCAGCGCGGAAAAUAUACUCGAAGGAGGGCAUCAGCGGUCUUUAUUCUGGCCUUGUGCAGGACACGCUCAAAAGUGUGCUUGAUGCGUUUUUGUUCUUCUUAGCGUACGAGUUUUUUAGGCAGCGGAGGAUUGCUGCGAGGUACGGUUCGCAGCGCAAAUCAAGGCAUAAGGUAUUGCCUGUUCUUGAUGAAUUGGCUGUCGGAGUGCUGGCUGGGGCGUUUUCCAAAUUCUUCACGACGCCUUUAUCGAACAUCGUGGCCCGGAAACAGACGUCGAAGACUUCAGCUAGCUCGUCGCAAAUUGCGUCAAAGAUUCUCUCGGAGAAGGGUAUUGCAGGGUUCUGGUCCGGGUACUCCGCCUCGCUUAUCCUCACGUUGAAUCCGUCCAUCACCUUCUUCCUCAACGGGAUUCUGAAAUCCGUUCUUCGCCGGAGCAAGGGGGCUCCUUCGUCUGCAGCCGUCAAGUUCUUGAUUGCCGCUCUCAGCAAGUCAGCAGCGUCCUCGAUCACAUACCCUUUUUCAAUGGCAAAGACUCGUUCCCAAGUAUCGGGUUCUAGUUCGAGAUCCAAAGAUGAAGGAACAAACGCGAGUGAUGACAAUGAUUCAGAUGAGAUCUUCUUUGUGCCAUCGAUCAUAUCUAGCGUCAUCACCAUAGCUCGAACUGAGGGGGUCUCUGAGUUGUACGCCGGCCUCCGCGGAGAAGUACUCAAAGGGUUCUUCUCCCAUGGAUUCACAAUGCUUGCAAAAGAUGCUGUCUACUCUGGAAUUGUCCGGGCUUAUUAUCUCAUUCUCAUUCUGAGCAGACGGUAUCCUAGCCCUGAGGAACUGCUUGAAGCGGCCCGAGAACGGGCUGAAGAAUAUGCUGAGGCAGCUCGAGAAGGCGCAAAGGAUCUUGCAGAGAAGGCGAAGAGUAACACAGAAGAAAUACUGGACAGCCACACUGGCAGUGCAGCAGUCGACAUGACAUCUAAUACUAAUCCGGUUAAUGUUGACGCGCUGGGAUCAAAUGAAACGGCGGAGUUGGUCGGUGAUUAUGUGGAGGACGAGGCGAGAGAGUGGAAGAGCCUGUAUCAUUGGUUCUGGGAGAAGGAGAAAUUUGGUAAAUAGUGAUCAUUAUAAUCUAUAUCUAGAAGCGUGGGGUGUUUAGCAGGUCGUGAACUUUUGUUGAGAAUAUAUCAGUUUUAUG